AUGCAGAGAGUCGUGGAGUCAAAGCGGCAGGAUGCCGCCCAGCGCCAGGUCGGCGAGGACGACGUCGGGAAAUUCAUCACACUGAGAGUUCGACCGGGCAAACAACCGGGGCGUGUAUCCCAGGGACACGGCAUGUAUUCACCAAUGACCAGGGAAGAAGCUGAGCAGGAGCAGGCACGGUGGCACCUCUCCUUGUCCACAGGCCCGCUUCCCUCAGGAACGGUGGACGUGACGCUGGCGGCCUUCGGUGGCGAGGCUGGCAGCUGUGCCGCUCUCCCUGUUGUUUCGGCGAUCCCAGAGGAUGGCUGCUUGCCUCUCCUCAACGCGCAACAGGUAAAAGGUGCGCACGUCCUCGUCCGUCGGGGACGCUGCAGCUUUCUUGCGAAAGCGCUCGCAGUCAGCAACUCUGGCGGGGCAAGCGUGGUUGUGGUCGACGAAGGAGCCGGGCGCUUGAGGAUGGAGGCAGAAGAGGGGCAAACUGUCGGCAUUCCCGUCGUGAUGGUGUCGAAACUGGAUGGGGAGGCCUUGCAAAAACUGGCGGCCUCGACCUCCCGCGCCGCAGGAAAGGUCGCCGCAACGCUCGUCAUAAACGCGGCGUGUAUCCAUCGUGGCGAACCAGCGCCGACACCUCGAAGAGAAAUAUCCUCUCAGUUGGCGCGGGGUCGGCGGCUUCCUAUCCCUGGGGCCAGGAAUCUCGCCUCUGGCGAAGAAGACAAGGCACCUACCGAUGAUAAAAGAGGCCCGCCAGCGAUCGAAAUAGCGGCGGGGGAGAAAAUCAGCAACCAGCGGGGAGAUGUUUCGCAGUCGUUGGUUGCGACACCCCCAGACCAAGCGCAGGUGGGGGUUGCUGACACGCCAGCAGCUACCUGGGCCGACGCCCAAUUGAUCACAAAUAGAGGCGGCGAAGAAAAUCGGGGAGGGCGGGAGGAAGUGGAGGAAGAAGGGGGGAAGGAAACCUUGACGCUGCCAGAAUGUCGGCAGAGAAACUCAGGCCAGCUCCGCGGCGGCGACUUAACGGAAGGACAAGGAGGGGGAAGAGGAGAAACAACAAUUACAGUGGAAUUCUUGUCCACGUUUGUCACCGGCGCGCUCGCAAUCAGCCCUCCGAACUCGGAGGAGGAGCCGACGACCAUCCCCGAAAUGGACAGUCCGGGCAAUGGCACGACCGCGACCGUCGCCAUCCUUGGCGGCCCCUACGACAACAUACGUUCACCGCACGAGGACGAGACAACGUCGCCAGCGUUGUCGAAAAUGAUGGGCACAACGGUUCUGCUUCUCCCGCCAGACCCGGCCUGCUCCAUCGAGAGCCAGGUCAGGCUGGGGGAGCAACUCGGCGCCGCGCUUCUGGUCGUCCUCGCCGAGGCUUCCGACGACGCCAACAUCAUCGCCGCCGUAUCUUCAGCGACAGUGAUCAGCGCGUUCGCUGGCGGUCACGACGGCAGCAGCAACGGCGGUGAGCGGCGAUUGCCGUUGGGGGGCGAACGAGAAUCGUCCUCCAGAGCGGUAGACGGCUGCCCUCCGCUGACGAUCAUCGUACCCCACGAUGAAGGCAAGCGCUUGUUGGGGUGGGUGCUCCGAGUCCGCGGUGAUGGUGGGGAUGGCAGCCGGAGCGGGGGAGGCAGUUUUGGUGGUGACGGGGGGGGCGUGGUCACGGUGGAUAUGGUGGAGCGAGAUGAAGUGGGAAAGCGGUGGGGAGAUGUGCUUUGGGCCUCGGACCUUACGAACUGGCCCAAAGGGUCCAAGCAGCGACGGCGGAUCCUCAACCGGCUGCGAAAGACGCACAGCCCCGAGCACGUUGGCAGGGACGGCGCGUCAUCUAGGACAGAGAGCGUGACCCGCUGGUCCCUGGUGGAACGCGCGUACGCCGCCUUGCAGGGCACCGAUGAUGCGGGUGAUUCCACCAAACCGUCGAGGUUGCACCCUGGGGUUGACGUUGAUGACACCACGGAGGAAGACGAUGCUCGAUUCAACUCAAAUAGCAUCGCGGCGUUUGACACAGAACUGUAGGGUCUGCGCUCAGUGGAAAGACAAGUCUCCAAAGUGUUUUUCACGAUGACAAGAAUCUCACCGAACAGGGAUGCGAGCUUAUGGAGAAGUUGCUGUCGAUAGAUGCAUACGCUACCAGUGCCUGCGACGGGCGUUUCGUCUCCGCGAUCGGACAGCUAGCGACAGGAGGGCGCGUUUGCGUUGAUCGGCAAACUAAAAGUCUCGCUUCACUGCAGUUAUUUUCUUUUCAUGUCAUUUGUGUUGGACGUCGGUCUUCACACCUUUCGGACAACUUUUCUGGUCGCAUCAGGCGGGGUAGCACACGAGGAAGGCCACGCCACAGAACUGCGCUAAUAGGCUCGAAUAUUGCGUAGUGAUACCGGUGCGCACUAGGCUCGAAUACUGCGUAGUGGAACCCGAGACACACCCCUGCUCUGUAGCACUCCUUUCCUAUGUAUCCUGUGCUUACGGUUGGCUCUGCCUGUUCUUCGAUGCUUGCUCUCUGUACACUCCCGACAUUUUCCGUUGAAAGGGAAAGAGCCUCCAUAACUGCUGCAAGGCCUACGAGUGUUGUUUUGUCGUGUGCCCUUUCCUGCGGUCGAUGGGGCCAACGCCGAGGUGUUGCGCCUUGCCUAGCUCGCUCGAUACACGGAGCCCACAGCUCGAACACUGCUGUCCCGUCCUCCUUGGGCUUGUGGCACACAGACAGCUGGCAGUCAACGCGGGGACAUGUACCCCGUGACGUCAUAACACAACGAAAGCUUGCCCUCAGAAAAAAAUUCCAACAUCACCCUAAUACUAUCAGUAGUAAUCUACAUAUAUCAUCGUACAAAUGUCAUCGUAUCCACACAACAACACCACAAGACUACGCAAAACCGCGCCAAAGAAACAAGACAACCUCCUCCUCCACAACGAACGACAACUACAACAAAACUUCGUUUCCAUCCCUACCGACACCGCCAGGCGAGCGCCUUUCUAGACCGAGCCCGUAGGACGGCUCCGCCAGCCUCCACGUCGCGGUCCUACCGAACCCUCUCUCUGCGGCUAACUCGUGCGCCAACAACGUGCCCUCUACCCUGUACACUCCGACAAAUGUACAUGUGUUUUUUCCAGCAGCCGACGGGGAAAACAACUAACAAGGGGUGAGAAUAUCCACGGGUGCGAGGAGGACGACGAAUCAGUCAACCCCGCCCCAGCCCCGGAACAGCUACAAAACGUCACGAAAAAAAUAAAGUAAGACUGGUCGGGUCAGGUCAACCGGCACCAGAGCAUUCAACCAGUCAUCCCAGAGACGUCGAUACGGCCCUCUGUCUGCGCCGCCCCCACGGGCAUAACGGAUGCGGCGGCGGCGGCGGGUUCUCUAGGCGAUGCGAGUGACCCCGUCGCUGCCGCCGCCGCCGCU